AUGAUCACGAACCGCAACAUGUUCCUGGACGAGGACCAGAGCCUGCCAGUGGAAACGCUGCCCGCCGGCCAGGGAUACCCCAAAGCCUACUCCCGCGGCAACUCGAACGCUUCGGGCGCCUACCCCGAGCCCGUGCGGCCAGGCACCGGCGUCGCGUCCUCCACGUCGUACGGCGCGUCGCAGUACCGCGGGCAGGCACCCCGCGCGGGGCCGAUGCCCAACCAGCGCCCGAUGACUAGCGGAGGUGCUCCGCUCGGCGGGCGCACGCUGGCGAACCAGCAGUCCCUCAACAACCGCAUGCAGCCGCAGUACACCGGAGGCGACGUCCUCGGCGGCGAGGGCGACGAUUCGUCCGCGCCGCUCUCGUCGAUGACUGCAGCCGAGCGUAUGAAGCGCCAGAAGCACCUCGCGGCCCAGAAGCGCUCGAUGCGCCUGAUGGGCUCGCUGGCCACCUCCAACCCCGCGCCGCGCCAGGGCGGCCUCGUCCCGCGGCCCCCCUCGGGCUCCCCGGGCUCCGUGCCGCUCCCGCACCACCAGGCCCCCGCGUCGCCCCCCGGCGCCGACGGCCAGCCGUACGGCCGCGUGACGCCCGACGGGCACCUGGAGGGCGCCCAGGACCCCGUGCCGUGGGCGACGGCGCCCGGGAUGCAGCGGCAGCCGACGCCGCCGCAGGGCUACGUCGCGCCGCCUUCCCCGCAGCAGUACGUGCAGCCGCAGGCCCCGCCGACGCCGCCGCAGGCCGAGGUGCUGCACGUGCAGAACGGCAUCCAGCAGCUCUCGCUGGCGCAGGACGCGCCGCCGCAGCAGGCGCCCGUGAUGCAGGAGGCCGGCCUCGUCGACAUCCAGCAGCCCGCGCCGCAGCAGAUCGGCCCCGGCGGCGUGCCGUACACCAACGUGCUGUCCAACCCCGCGUACAACGCCGAGUCGUCCGCGGCGUCGCCGGCGGCGGCGGCGGGCGCGGCGCCGGCGUCCCCGGGCGGCGCGGUGCUGCAGCGCGGCAACUCGAGCGUCGUGGCCAAGCCGACGGCGCCGGCGACGCCGCAGGGCGCGCGGCGGUCGGACGACGCGGCGAGCGAGGACGGCGAGGACGGGACGCACCAGGUGGUCGCGGGGGGCGCGCCGGAGGGCGCGGCGCCCGCGGCGAACACGGUCGUGCGUCCGCGGAUAAAGGACACGGUGGCGUUUCUGGACUCGCCCGCGCCGGCGGACUCGAUCGUGCAGUGCUACAUCAUGCGCGAGAAGGUCGGGAAGCAGGUGGUGUACAAGCUGUACCUGAACGAGGACGACGGGUUCCUCCUCGCCGCGACGAAGCGCAAGCACAACCGCACGAGCAACUACCUGGUGUCGCUGGACGAGGACAACAUGAACCGCGACAGCAAGGCCUUCUUCGGGAAGCUGCGGAGCAACUUCGUGGGCACGGAGUUCACGAUCUACGACCACGGCAUCAACCCGAAGAAGGCGCACAAGGAGUCGGGCGCCGAGGUGCGCUGCGAGCUCGGCGCCGUCAUGUACCAGGCCAACAUCCUCGGCACCAAGGGCCCGCGGAAGAUGUCGGUCGUCAUCCCCGUCGUCAACCAGGAGGGCCACCGCGUCGAGUUCCGCCCGCUCUCGGACAAGGACAGCAUCCUCUCGCUGCUCAAGGACCGCUCGCGCCUGCGCGACAUGAUCCUGCUGAAGAACAAGAGCCCCAAGUGGAACGACGCGCUCGGGGCGUACUGCCUGAACUUCAACGGCCGCGUGACGCACGCGUCGAUCAAGAACUUCCAGCUCAUCUCGGACGACGACCCCGAGUACGUCGUCCUGCAGUUCGGCAAGGUCGGGCGCGACGCCUUCACCAUGGACUACCGCUGGCCGAUGUCCGCGCUGCAGGCCUUCUCGAUCUGCCUGUCGUCGUUCGACUCGAAGCUCGCGUGCGAGUGA